UUCUUCUUCUCUAAAGAUUUCACUUUUCUUAAUCAAAUCACUCUCUCGUCGAAAUCGAAAAACCCUCUCCGUCGUCUCUGUGAUUCCGUCUCCGAUCUCCGAUCAAUGGACUACGAUUACCGCAAAACCUCAUCCUACGGCGCGCAGAUCCCGCCCUACCGCCCCGCCUCGUCAUCACAGCCGAUGUACGGACCGCCGCAGCCGUCGUCGUCGUUGUACCCCAGGGUCGGUCAACAACACGGUCAAGCGCCGGUUCCUACACCGUCUCACGGCGGCGGAGGUCACCGUCCCGUCCCUCAUCACCAGACCGCAACCACCUCAGCUCCUCCUUCUUCGGGGUUGGGCAUUCGAGUUAUGAUAAAGCCAGAGUAUCGGAUCACUCCUCCGCCUCAGUUGUCGACACAAGUCGGAGACAUACCCCGAAGCAAUUUCCAAUUUGACUUUGAUUUCGAGAGGAAAGUUUUGGCUGAAGCGCAGAAGGAAACCCCGAAUUGGGGCAAGCUGGGGUUGGAAAACCUUCCACCACCUAAGGCUGUGGAGCCGCCGUCUUCUGCUUCCUCGUCCUCGGGUUCUAUUGGUAACCCCCUCGUGAGGAAGUAUGUCGCUUCAGGGCGCAGCCAAGAAGUAGUACCUCGUGCAGUUGCAACUUAUGGUGACAAUCCUGAAAAGGUUCGGGAAUUUGUCCAUGGGUUCAACGCUUUACAUGAGAUGGGGUUUCCUUCAGACAGUGUUGCCGAUGCCCUUCUCAUGUAUGAUAAUGACAAGGAGAAAGCACUUGCCUAUCUAAUCAACAGUUCGUCAUGAGGUGUUGUCAUACAGAAUUUCUGUUCUGUUUUAGUUGUGUUAUUCUUGUUUUACUCUGAUUGUAAAGAAUUGCUCUUGGGCUUCACAUAUGAUAGUCGCCAUAGUUCUGUCUUAAUUCUAGGUUUGCCAUGUUGUAGUAUACAAUCCUGUGAUGUAUAUUCUGAGUUAAAUAUCGACAAUUGGAUGGUGCUACAACUAUACCAGUUAAAAUGAUAAUUCUUAUGUUUCAGAUAAACAUAACAAUGUUUUAAUGUACAAGCUCUAGAUCUGUGCGCUUGUUUA